GAUUAGACAGCUAGCGCCUGACUGGGGAGCUAAUUUAUCAACCUAUUUGGGACCCUCAAGCUCUGGUUACAGGAAUUUUGUGGAUAAUGGCGGGGAAGGUUUUGCUGUUGUCCAUUCUGAUUAGUGUUUGUUGUUCAUGUAAAGCUAGUACGAUCAGGGAAAUACUGAAACUGCCAGAACCUGAUGAAGAACUACUUGGAUACCUGAAAGCGGCCUCUUCGCGAGCUAAAUUCAACUUUAGCCAGGGCCUUUUAGAGACAAAUUUCCAUAGCCUGCACGAUGAGGAGGACGAAUCCCAAUAUCUUAAAUUUGAUGAUACUUUUAUGAAGAUUGGGGACGAUGACAUCUAUUUAAUGAACAUGAAGAUAGUUGGGAAACUUAGCAUCCAGUUAACACACGCUGAACCGGAUUUAAUUUCUAACUUUAUGGACACAGAGCUAAGUUGGAAUGAUGUUAAAGUGGAAGGAGACUUUGAGUUUUAUCAAAACUCUCACCAUGAAACACCCGAGCUCAUAAACGGAACGUUCAGCAUGAUUUGGAAAAACGUCAAAGCUAUCGGCAGCAUUGGAUUCUUACCCUUCGAACACACAGAUGGAUUCUAUAGUACGGCCCAUGAUUUGAAAUUUACCUCCGAUGGCUUUGACCUGAAGUUGAACACCGAAGAGGACGGUAGCCAUGAGAGCCACAAUCUAUAUGAGGCAGAGGACCGUUUCAAGGAACAUUUCCAAGAUGACUUGUUCUGGAAACUGCAAGAAAGUUUACGACCAAAUAUCGAUGACUAUCUGCAAACAAAGUCAACUCUUCAGAUAUUCGGGAACAAUGUCAACGUUAAGCAACGAUAUGUGAAGUACGCUCACAAGACUACUGUCGUUAUUAACGAUUUGGUGGACGAUGUCCUUGAGAUGGUAAAAGCAGGGAUCGCGGAAUCUGGCUUUUGGAAGUUUUCAAUUCCGAGCAUCAACGAGGGGUUUUCCAAGAAGAUUUGGUUUGUCACUUUCAAAGGAUAUUUUUCUGCGUGGAACGGCUAUGCCGAAGACCUAAAGACAAUAAGAAGAAAAGGGGAUUUCGCCGUAAUCAUGAGAAAUGAAACCAUGGAAGUGACCGGAUCACUGGAAGUGCAAUAUUUAUCGGCAAAGUACAACAAUUAUGCAGCAAAAUUCUUGGAUAUGGGACCAACUGGAACAAUAUCGGCAAAUGUGGGAACUAAUGCGCUCGCUUUCAAGAUUGAAAUAGUUCCAGAUGGUAAGAGUAUCGUUGGAUUCCGGAUUAAGGACUAUUCUUUUAAAGUUCAUGUUGGGAACAUAAAAGUGAAUGUAACUGGCUUGUGGAUCCUUAAUUGGCUACUCUCAUAUAUAGUAUCUUGGGUGGUUAACAGUUGGAAAGGAGAAAUAACUCACCAUAUCGAAAAGGAAGCUUCCCAGGUUAUAGACAAAAUCAUAAAAUCUUUCUGGCCCUAGUUUCCCAUAAUCACUCAAUCUCGAAAGAUUUUCAUUAACGUUCAUUUUUAAGGUCAUACGUAAUAGUUUGUGGUUCAACACAUCUUAAAUAAACCAAUUAAUAUGAAAAAGCUGUA